AUGGGAAAAGCUCAUAGUAAAGACGUGGACCCCAAGAAAAAGAGAGCAAAUAAGAAGUUGUUGCCAGAAGAAAUCAAGGAAUUAGAGGAUAAAACAUAUUUUUCUCGUAAAGAAUUAAAAAAGUGGUACAAAGACUUUGUACGCGACUGUCCUACCGGUGAGCUGAAGAUGGAAGAGUUUCAGAAUAUAUACAAACAAUUCUUUCCAAAUGGAGAUCCGUCAAAGUUUGCUGCAUUUGUUUUCAACGUUUUCGAUGACAAUCAGGAUGGUCAUAUAUCCUUCAAAGAAUUCAUAGCAGCUUUAUCUAUCACUUCUCGUGGAACACUAGAUGAAAAGCUUGAUUGGGCGUUCUCCUUAUAUGAUGUGGAUAAAGACGGUUAUAUAACUAAAAAUGAAAUGGCAGACAUAGUGGAUGCUAUUUACAGUAUGAUAGGCAAUAUGUUGGAGUUGCCCAAAGAUGAGGAUACGCCUCAGAAGAGAGUGGAAAAAAUAUUUUCAAAUAUGGAUAAGAAUUACGAUGGACGCUUGACCAGAGAGGAGUUUAAGGAAGGCUCUAAGGCUGAUCCAUGGAUUGUUCAAGCUUUAACUAUGGAUAUGGCUUCGUAG